AUGUUGAGGAAGAAAAGUCAUACCGAUGAAACCAAACCGCUCACCAUCAACAAUUUUCUUAUAGUAUUCCACGAGUUCCUCAUUGCGUGGUUGAACCUGAUCUUAUACUGCAACAAAAUCUACGACCCCUUGGUCUUUGACGAGCACAAGGCAUUCGAUCUUUUGUUCUACAAGAACAGGCACCCAUAUUUGGAUAAAUUUAUCACUGAUCUAGUUCUCAACAUCAUCAACAAUUUGAUCAUUAGCAAAAAGCAACCGAAUGGCUUGCAGCGAGUCUCGUGCGCCAUCUACGAUACGAGAAAUGGCGUGGUGAAAAGAUCAUAUGCUGUCAAUUUUAGUCACUUUGUGAUGAGUCUCCAUGAGACGAUAACUGAGCUCAGAGUGGAUGCUGAAGAGAUAGACGCGUCUGCAUCGCUAGAGGUCUCGGGUCUAUUUUGGUCUGAGAUCUAUGCCCAGUUCCAGAGCAUUUUGUUUCGACACUUGCAGGAGCUCAAGAAACGAACCACCGUGGCUGGAACGCGACAUAUUGAUGAUGAAGAAGAAGAAGAAACUUCCAUGUCCAAACCUGGAAACCAGAACGAGGGCGAGGAUGACUUGUUUUUUCAAAUCACGGUUGACUUGGACAGCGGCAUCUACCCUAGAAACGAAGAUUGGGUGAGGUUGAGCCUGAAUGACCAUGACCAUGACCAUGACCAUGACCAUGACAAGAGUGAUGAUGAUGAUGACGAUGAUUCUUUGAGUCCUACGGUCAAGGUGUUGGGUAACUUGAGCUUGAGUGUUCUCUGCUUUGAUCUAGUCAAUAAGUAUUACGAAGAUUGA